UAGAAUGACGCAGCUUGGUUUCUUGUGUAAACACAUUUUUCGGCCACUCUCGAAAUAUUUGGCCACAGAAACUGCCCAGGAACUACUAUAACGCUAAUGACUGAUGAUAUUUCGGCGCGGCUAUCACGGGUCAUUGCGCGACUGCAGAACCUCCCGUCCAUCGCGCUACCCACUGAUUAUCCCCGUCCACUUUCGCAUAAACUCAUAGAAGCUGUACAAACCAAGGAGCUGGAUGAAGCAAGUGCCAUAGGCCUGCUCAAAUUAGCGCUGUACGAGGAUGAACACGAAGAACAAUCGGGUGACGUCUUUAUUCGGCCGACGCCAUUCCAUCUACUGCUUUCUGCAUUUUUCGUGCUUUUACAUCGCUAUACCGGAGACAGCGAUCUGUUGAUCGGCUCCUCUUCGGCCCAGUCCCCCAAUCCACUCUUACUUCGUGGGUCAAUUGAGCCAACCGAUCCCUUCUGGGCGGUCGUCCGAAAAAUUCAGGCCGUCGAAAGGGAAGCAGAAGCCGACUCAGUGCCUUAUGAGAGUAUUGUUGAGGCACUCUCUGCAGAUAAGGAGGGCACCGCGCCUCUCUUUCGUGUGCGCUUCUUCGAUGAUACUGAUGAGCACCAGUCGACCUUCAUUCACUCCACCGAAGUGACUUCCGAUCUUACUAUCAUCAUUACCCGUCCCCCUUCCAAUUCGCACUCAUCCAUAAUACCAUCAAUUUCACUGCGAGCGGCGUACAACUCUUUGCUUUUCACUCCUGACCGAAUAUCAUUCCUCUUCGAUCAAUUGUCUGUGCUCCUUCGUACAGUGGCGAAGGAUCCUCUCAACCCCGUAGGAUCCAUCCCUUUACUCACGCCUGUGCAAAAAACAUUACUCCCCGACCCUGCGGGUGACCUCAACUGGUGUGGUUGGAAAGGUGCCAUUACCGAUGUCUUUUCUAGAAAUGCCCGAAGGCAUCCAGACAAGACCUGUGUCAUCCAGUACAUCACAACAGCCUUGGCCCAUACGCCACUUCAGCGUACCGUGUACACAUAUCAACAUAUUUUGCAUGCGUCAAACAUUCUGGCACACCACUUAAUAAAAGAAGGCGUGACGCGAGAAGAUGUGGUUAUGGUUUAUGCCUACAGAAGCGCGGAGAUGAUGGUUGCCGUCAUAGCCAUAUUGAAGGCCGGAGCCACCUUCUCGGUCAUAGAUCCUGCGUAUCCACCAUCACGCCAAACCAUCUACCUCCGCGUAGCGAAGCCUCGUGGUCUUAUUGUCCUCAAAGGUGCCGGGAUAAUCAAUCCUUCAGUUCGGCGAUUUGUGACGGAGGAGUUGGAGAUUAAAGUUGAAGUUCCAGCCUUGGAAUUUUCGCCGAACUUGGAGAUUCUGGGAGGUUCAUUAUCCGAGGGACUAGCCGAUGUGCUGCAGUCAACUCGAAACCUGGCAGAUGUCGAUCCCUCCGUCAUUCUUGGGCCUGACAGCGUUGGGACGCUAUCCUUCACCAGCGGAAGUACAGGAAUACCCAAAGGUGUCAAAGGACGUCACUACAGUCUGACUCAUUUCUUCCCGUGGAUGGGGGAGAGAUUCAGUCUAGGCCCGGACUCCAAGUUCACAAUGCUAAGUGGCAUAGCCCACGAUCCGAUUCAGCGAGAUAUGUUCACGCCUUUGUUCUUUGGUGCUGAGUUGCAUGUACCAACAACUGAUGAUAUUGGUUUCCCUGGCCGUCUUGCGGAAUGGAUGGCCGACAGCGGAGUGACAGUGACUCAUCUAACUCCAGCUAUGGGUCAACUGUUGUCUGCACAAGCGACACGCAAAAUUCCAGCGCUUCGACACGCAUUCUUUGUUGGUGAUGUUCUGACCAAGCGAGAUUGUCAUCGUCUCCAGAGUCUCGCGAGUAACGUGCGCAUUAUUAAUAUGUAUGGAACGACCGAGACCCAGCGAGCCGUGUCGUAUUUCGAAAUACCCAGCGUCUCCGAAGAUGGCACUUUUCUGACAACUCAAAAGGACAUUAUGCCUGCUGGGCAAGGCAUGAUUGACGUCCAACUCCUCGUUGUUAAUCGUAACGACCGUAAUGUGCCUUGUGCGGUAGGGGAGGUCGGCGAGAUUUACGUCCGCUCGGGCGGGCUAGCUGAAGGGUAUUUGGAUGCAGAAUCUACCUCCCAAAAGUUUGUGACGAACUGGUUCACGCAGAGCGACACCUCUCGUUGGAGGGAUACAAUUAGAAGUCCUACGGAGGGGACUCCACCCGGACCCGAAGCAAGACAUUGGAAGGGCAUACGCGACCGAAUGUAUAGAACGGGAGACCUUGGCAGAUACUACCCAAAUGGUCUUGUUGAGUGUACCGGACGGGCGGACGAUCAAGUCAAGAUUCGUGGCUUCCGAAUCGAACUUGGGGAGAUCGAUACCCAUCUUAGCCAACACCCGUUCGUUCGCGAGAACGUGACGCUGGUUCGACGUGACAAAGACGAGGAGAAAGUUCUUGUCAGCUAUUUUGUGCCUUUGAAUAUCAAGGGGUUGAGAGAAUUGAUGAGCGAAGCAGAAGACGCUGACGGUGUCCAAAGUGGUCUUAUCCAGCCCUUCCGACCAUAUAGGAAGCUCAUCAAGGACAUCCGUGAACAUCUCAAGAAGAAGCUCCCAGUCUACAGCAUUCCUUCUGUAUUCGUCCCCCUUCGUCGAAUGCCAUUAAAUCCAAAUGGUAAAAUCGACAAACCUGCUCUUCCGUUCCCCGAUACCAUUGAGGCGGUUGCUGCUCAGACAUCUCCAGCUGGCAGCGCGCGCAAGCUGACCCCGACAGAGAACACCGUUCACGAAAUAUGGUCCAAGUUGUUGAAAUCUCCACCCACUUCCAUUCCGCUGGACGAAAGUUUCUCCGACCUCGGCGGUCAUUCGAUACUUGCAACACGACUUAUUUUCGAGCUUCGGAAAACGUUUGUUGUGGAUGCGCCGCUGGGCUUGGUUUUUGAGAAGCCUACAAUUAGGGGACAAGCCUGCGAGAUCGAUUCGCUGCGCCAAUCGGAUUUCAGUUUUGCACAACCCAAUGGGUCUUCAUCUGGGGCCGCGACGCCCUUCAGACGACCUGACAACGAGAGGACUGCCUUGGCGAACUAUGGCGCUGAUCUGGACCUAUUGCUUCAUAGACUUGCUCAAUCAUAUCAAUCUUUGUCCACCCUCCCAAGUACAGUCUCGAUCUUCCUCACGGGAGCUACUGGUUUCCUUGGCGCGUUCGUCCUCCGUGACUUGAUGGAGCGAGAAAAGGUGGCGAAGGUGAUUUGUUUGGUACGCGCAAAUACACGCGAGCAUGCGCUGCGUAGGAUUCGACAGAGCAGCAGCGAUCGUGGGGUAUGGGACGAGAAAUGGGUCACAAGCGGGAAGCUUCAAGUCGUUACUGGGGAUCUUGAUUCAGAACGAUUGGGACUUGACGAGGGGGAUUGGAAGAAUGUGGCCGAUACCACUGAUGUCCUCCUACAUAAUGGUGCUUUGGUUCACUGGAUCUACCCAUACCACAAACUACGUCCUGCGAAUGUCCUCUCCACCCUGGCAAUUAUUGAACUCGCUUCGACUGGAAAAGAAAAACUUGUCUCGUUUGUCUCGUCGACAUCGGCAAUCGAUGUUCAACACUUUGUUCGUUUGUCAGAUGAGCUUGCAAAUACAGCAACGCCUGGUGUCCCUGAAGACGAUGACCUUGAGGGCGCUCGAACGGGCCUUAAAGUGGGCUACGGCCAAUCCAAAUGGGUAGCAGAGCGACUUCUCAUGGAAGCUGCAAGGCGUGGACUCUCCGUAAACAUUGUUCGACCAGGAUAUGUUGUCGGAGACUCGGAAACAGCAGUUACCAAUACCGACGAUUUCAUCUGGCGGCUUGUGAAGGGUUGUAUCCAGCUCGGCCUCACUCCAGACAUUAAUAACACCGUGAACAUGGUACCAGUCGACAAUGUCGCACGAACUACUGCGCUCUCCGCGCUCGUUCUUCCUGCCAAUCAUAGAGCCGACGUCUUUCAUAUUACUGCUCGCCCUCCUCUCCGAUUCAACGCUGUUCUGGGCUCACUCACCCUAUACGGGUACAAGGUUGAGCAGAGCGAAUACAUCAUAUGGCGUCGCAGAUUGGAGCAGCACGUGUUAGAAGCCCAAGACAAUGCUUUAUUCCCACUUCUUCACUUUGUCCUGGAUGACCUCCCCACUAGCACGAAAGGACCAGACCUCAACGAUACAAAUACAUUGGCGCUGUGGAAAGCGGCUGGGUACCUCAGCGAUCCAAAAGGAGUUGAUAACGCUUUAAUGGGCAAAUACCUCUCGUGGCUGAUCGAAGCCGGAUUCUUGGAACCACCUUCACGGACGGGCGAGCUCAAACUGCCCAAACUUGAAGGUGCAAAAACCGCAAAGGCUAUUGGGCGUACCAACCGAUAGCGGAUAUUGUACAUUAUCUAUUUCAAUCUAGUUCUAUAUCCUCUAUACCCUGGG